UAUCUCCAUCGCAAUUCGCAACCCUAUAAAAAAAUCGUUCCUACACAAAAAUGCAAUAAAUAUAUAGUAUAUCAGUCGCUCUUUUCACUAUUUCAAGAUACACCGAGAGACCCACCGCCUUCUUCUUCCUCCAUUCUAUAAUCUCGCAUUGCUAGCAAGGAAAAAGCACCCUGUUGCAGUUGACAUCUUGUCCAAGAAAUGUCAAACCUGAGUCUGUUAAUCGGGGGAAAGCCGUCCAAUUCGGUGAUUAUUAGCUUCAGAAUACCGUACUUCACCCACUGGGGGCAGCAGAUACUUGUGUGUGGCUCUGAACGUGUCCUUGGCUCGUGGGACGUGAAGAAAGGCCUUCUUUUGAGGCCCGCUCACCACGGGGAUGAUCUGAUAUGGUCUGGUAGUCUCUCUGUCCCGGCUGGUUUUACUUGCGAGUACAGCUACUAUGUGGUAGAUGAUAAGAAAAACGUGAUAAGAUGGGAGGCGGGUAAGAAGAGAAAAAUGUCAUUGCCUGAUAGUGCUCAACAUGGGCAGUUGCUUGAGCUUCAUGAUCUAUGGCAGACUGGUUCUGAUGAUCUAGUUUUAAGAAGUGCAUUUAAAAAUGUCAUAUUUCGAAACAGUGCUAGUCUGAAAAUCGAGAGACCCCUCGAAUCAGUUCAGAAUGUGUCGGAUAAUGAAGAUUCAGUUGUCGUGCAAUUCCGCAUUUGCUGCCCGAAUAUUGAAGCUGACACAUCGGUAUAUGUGAUCGGUAGUCCUUCGAAGCUGGGGCAGUGGAAGACUGAGGGUGCCCUCAAACUCAGUUAUGCCGGUGAAUCAGUAUGGGUGGCUGAAUCUGUAUUGAAGAAGGAUGAAUUUCCCGUAAAAUAUAGAUAUUGCAAAUACGGCAAAACUAAAAAACUAGCCCUGGAAAUUGGUGCUAAUAGAGAACUCUCUGUCAAUUUCUCAGCCGGUCAACCCAACUACAUUAUCCUUUCAGAUGGCCAAAUCAGAGAUAUGCCUUGGAGGGGUGCCGGAGUAGCUAUCCCCAUGUUUUCCCUGCGGUCAGAGGCUGAUUUGGGAGUUGGGGAGUUUCUUGAUCUGAAGUUACUAGUCGACUGGUCAGUCAACUCGGGCUUCCAUUUGGUUCAGCUUUUGCCAAUUAACGAUACCUCUGUACACGGAAUGUGGUGGGACUCGUACCCCUACAGCUCUCUCUCGGUAUUUGCAUUACAUCCGUUAUACCUAAGAGUGCAGGCCCUCUCAGAAAAUCUUUCAGAGGAUAUCAAGCAAGAGAUAGAGCAGACGAGAAAAGACCUUGAUAAAAAGGAUGUCGAUUAUGACGCUACCAUGGCUGCAAAACUUUCGAUUGCCAAGAAGAUUUAUGCUAAGGAGAAGGAAACUAUACUUGGUUCGGCAGAAUUCCAGAAUUAUUUUUCCGAGAACCAGGAAUGGUUGAAACCCUACGCGGCAUUCUGUUUUCUGAGGGACUUUUUUGAAACAUCGGAUCACAGUCAGUGGGGUCGUUUUUCUAAUUUUUCUACAGACAAGCUUGAGAAACUAGUCUCCAAAGAGAGCUUGCACUAUGAUAUAAUUGGAUUUCAUUACUACAUCCAAUUCCAUUUACACAAACAAUUAUCAGAAGCUGCUGAAUAUGCGAGAAAGAAAGGAGUAGUAUUAAAAGGAGAUCUUCCGAUUGGAGUUGACCGCAACAGCGUAGAUACUUGGGUAUAUCCAACUCUCUUUCGCAUGAACACCUCGACCGGGGCUCCACCAGAUUAUUUUGAUAAAAACGGACAAAAUUGGGGCUUUCCGACUUAUAAUUGGGAAGAAAUGUCCAAGGACAACUAUGGCUGGUGGCGUGGUCGUUUAUCACAGAUGGCUAAGUACUUCACGGCAUACAGGAUCGAUCACAUUCUGGGCUUCUUCAGAAUCUGGGAGCUUCCGGAUCAUUCCAUGACGGGUCUCUGUGGAAAGUUCCGACCAUCUAUUCCUCUUAGCCAGGAAGAACUCGAAAAGGAAGGAAUAUGGGACUUUAAUCGUUUGAGCCGCCCAUACAUUACAAAAUCACUGUUACAGGAGAAGUUUGGAGCUUUGUGGACUGUAGUUGCUUCCAAUUUCUUAAACGAAUAUCAGAAGGACCAUUACGAGUUCAAGGAGGACAGCAAUACCGAAAAGAAAAUUGCGGCCAAGCUGAAGUCGUGCUUGGAAAGAUCAAUCUUUUUGGAGAGUGAAGAUAAACUUCGCCGCAGCCUCUUUGAUCUUAUUCAGAAUGUCGUCCUCCUUAGAGACCCCGAAGAUCCCAAGAUGUUUUAUCCCCGUUUCAACCUUGAAGACACGUCGAGCUUUACUGGUUUAGACCAGCACAGCCAGAAUGUGUUGAAAAGACUAUAUUACGAUUACUAUUUCCAGAGGCAAGAGGAUCUGUGGCGUCAAAAUGCGCUCAAGACAUUGCCGGCUCUGUUGAACUCAUCCGAUAUGCUGGCUUGUGGCGAAGAUCUUGGCUUAAUUCCUUCUUGCGUUCACCCUGUGAUGCAAGAAUUAGGUUUGAUUGGACUGCGCAUACAACGCAUGCCCAAUGAGCCCGGGCUUGAAUUCGGCAUCCCCUCGCAAUAUAGCUAUAUGACAGUAUGUGCUCCAUCGUGCCACGACUGCUCAACUCUCCGUGCUUGGUGGGAAGAAGAUGAAGAGCGAAGGCGCAAUUUUUUCAAGGCGAUGCUGGGCUCCGACAUGCUCCCACCCGACAGGUGUACUCCACAGAUCGCACACUUCAUUUUGCGGCAGCACGUUGAAUCCCCAUCCAUGUGGGCGAUUUUCCCGCUUCAGGAUUUGCUAGCGCUGAAAGAAGAAUACACAACACGCCCUGCUGUUGAGGAGACGAUAAACGACCCCACGAAUCCAAAACACUAUUGGCGGUUCAGAGUACACGUCACAAUAGAGUCCUUGAAGAAGGAUAAAGAGCUCGUAUUGGCCAUCAAGGAUCUCAUCCGCAGCAGUGGCCGUUCGUGCCCUUCUUCUCAGGGCGACGAGGUGCAGGAGGCGAAACUCGGCAAGGAGGUGGUAAAGCAACAGCCUGCAAAUGGUGGUGGUCAGUUAAAAGGAGCAACUCCAAAAGCAGCAGCAGUCAAAGCUUGAUUUGCUUUUGGAAAUUAGAAGACAAAAAAUUUAGUGGGAAAAGUGACCGUUGAAAUUGUGAUUUUAUAUAUUAUACAUAUAAAGAUUGAUUUUGCUCCCACAAAGUAAAAUCAAACUAUCCGUGUUUCUUGAUA